CUCAGUGUUUGUGUAUAACCAGUCUCUUGACGACCAUGGAUCCGAAGUGUUUGUACGGUCUUGAUGGUUCUGAUUCAGGUUUUGAAAUGAGCUUUGACUCGGAAAAUGAAGCUACGUUUUCAUUGGACGACACUAUGGGCUCGGAAGGUUUCGCUUCAUCCGUAAGUUUAGCUGACGAUGAUCUACAAGUGAAACCGAAAAAACGCCGUCAAAGAAGAACGAGAGAACGAAGUCCAAUGCAGCUGAUUAAAAUAAAAAAACACCGUCGCAUGAAGGCCAAUGAUAGAGAACGAAAUCGUAUGCACAUGUUAAACGAGGCUUUGGACAGACUUCGAUGUGUUUUACCAACAUACCCAGAUGAUGCAAAAUUAACAAAAAUUGAAACUCUCAGGUUUGCACACAACUACAUUUGGGCACUAUCUCAUACACUACAAGUCGUCGAGACUACCGAACAAUCACCAAUAGACCAAGACCAACCACUAAUGCUUACCAUGGGUGACGUAACGGUCAGCAUAAGCCAACAAGGCAACAAAAUCACUUCUUCAACGGGAACAUGUGCUUUGGCACAGCAGAAGAAACCGUGCUCACCAAUUUCUGAGCCACUGGCGACUUCGACGCCCAUAAAGGAUUCGUCCAAGCACCACCAACAUCCGCCGACAAGCCACUGUCUCAAUGAUUCUGGCUUCUUCGAGCCACAGCGUCUCGACCACCUCUUCGGUACAACCGCCGAGCAUACCGAACAUGACCACAGUUACCAGCCGGACAGAUGGCUUCAGAAACCGAGUAACAUUCAGCACCAGCAGUCACAGCCUAUCGAUAAGACGUGGCCCGAAACGGCGUACUGCAAUGAUUACCAGCCGACUUGGCCGCUGCAGACAUCGUGGCAUAAUCACGGACCAUUGACGUAUCCAUCAUCGACCAUAGACCAAAGGUGCCACGAACCGAUGAUGUUCUACUCUUGAGAUCGGUGAGAAAUAAAACAAAGCGCUUCCGCACUAAUACCGGAAGAAUUUAUCGGCACCCGGCUAUCGGUUUUUGCCGGUCACCAUCGCCCACCUAUAUCCUACUGUUAUCCGGUGCUCUUAUCGUUUGUCUGCCUAGGUGAUACGUUCUACCUAUAUAUGAUUGUAAUAGUAAUUAUCGGAUCUUAACUGAAGUCUGAAAUGUUUAUAUACAUAUAUAUAUAUAUUAUAAUAUGUUAUUUUACUUUUGUUUGCGCGCACUCGUCGUCGCGGUGAACGAUAAACAAUAUUAUAUUUUUGUAACUAUAUAUUAUUAUUUAAUGAUUAAAAAUAAAUAUACACAUUGUAAUAUUAUAGCAGUUA